AGGCGCAGGGCUGGGGUUCCAUUUUCGCUGCGAGUUUCGGGGGGACAACAACAUGGAGCCGGAGAUGGAGGACAAGACGUUGGAGCUGAUGUGCUCUGUCCCUCGCUCUCUCUGGCUGGGCUGCUCCUCGGUGGCAGAGAGCUUGUGUGCACUGCGGUGUCUGCAGAGCAUGCCCAGUGCCCGGGCCCACAGUCAGAACACAUCCGUCAUGGAGAACGACGAUCUCUCCCCGAAGAAGACCACUGUGUUCAAGAUCAGUAACGGCACAGUGACGGGCUCCCGGAAGCGGCCGUCGGAGGGGAACUACGAGAAGGAGAAGGACGUGUGCAUCCAGCUGUUUGACCAGUGGUCUGAGGCCGACCAGGUGGAGUUCGUGGAGCACCUGAUCUCUCGCAUGUGUCACUACCAGCACGGCCACAUCAACUCUUACCUCAAACCCAUGCUGCAGCGGGACUUCAUCACAGCGCUGCCAGCACAGGGCUUGGACCACAUCGCGGAGAACAUCCUGUCGUUCCUGGACGCGCGCUCGCUAUGCUCGGCGGAGCUGGUGUGUAAGGAGUGGCAGCGCGUCAUCUCAGAGGGCAUGCUGUGGAAGAAGCUCAUCGAGCGCAUGGUGCGCACCGACCCGCUCUGGAAGGGCCUGUCCGAGCGCCACCAAUGGGAAAAGUACCUGUUCAAGAACCGCACAGCAGAAGUUCCCCCGAACUCGUACUACCACUCUCUGUACCCCAAAAUCAUCCAGGAUAUUGAGACUAUUGAGGCUAACUGGCGCUGUGGUCGGCACAACCUGCAGAGGAUUCAGUGUCGGUCUGAGAACAGUAAAGGCGUGUACUGCCUGCAGUACGACGAUGACAAGAUCAUCAGCGGCCUCCGAGACAACUCCAUCAAAAUCUGGGAUAAGCAGACUCUGGAGUGUUUGAAAAUCCUGACGGGCCACACAGGGUCAGUGCUGUGUCUGCAGUAUGAUGAGAGGGUCAUCGUCACAGGCUCCUCCGACUCCACCGUGCGGGUGUGGGAUGUGAACUCGGGGGAGGUGCUCAACACCCUGAUCCAUCACAACGAGGCGGUUCUGCACCUGCGCUUCUGUAACGGUCUGAUGGUCACCUGCUCCAAGGACCGCUCCAUCGCUGUGUGGGACAUGGCCUCGCCCACUGACAUCAGCCUACGCCGCGUGCUUGUCGGUCACCGCGCCGCCGUCAACGUCGUCGACUUCGAUGACAAGUACAUUGUGUCGGCGUCCGGAGACCGCACCAUCAAGGUGUGGAGCACCAGCACGUGUGAGUUUGUUCGCACUCUAAACGGACACAAGCGUGGAAUCGCCUGCCUACAGUACAGAGACCGACUGGUGGUCAGCGGAUCCUCCGACAACACCAUACGGCUGUGGGAUAUUGAGUGUGGUGCGUGUUUGCGGGUGCUGGAGGGCCAUGAGGAGCUGGUUCGCUGCAUUCGAUUUGACAACAAGAGGAUCGUAAGCGGAGCCUAUGACGGGAAGAUUAAAGUGUGGGAUCUUCAGGCUGCUCUGGAUCCCAGAGCUCCAGCCAGCACCCUCUGCCUGCGCACACUGGUGGAACACUCUGGCCGGGUUUUCCGGCUGCAGUUUGAUGAAUUUCAGAUCAUCAGCAGUUCCCAUGACGACACUAUUCUUAUCUGGGACUUCCUGAAUGUGUCGUCCAAUGGGCAGACAGAGGGGCGGUCGCCCUCACGCACGUACACCUACAUCUCCAGAUAGCAGGGGUACAGGUUGGUGACCGUCCUGCAUCUCUGUGUUGGGGGGUGGAUCCUGGCUGUCGCCACCCCCCCCCACACCCCUUCCUGCCCUCCUGACAUUCGGCUGUUGGAUGCACAGACACGGGACACUGAGCCACAGAGAGAGAGACUCUGCUCAGACCCACAGCCGCAGGGGGCGGGUUGAGGCCCCCCCCAGCACAGACCGCUGUGGGCGCUACAGACUGCUCUGGACACAGGGACUCAGUCCAGCCUCUGCUUUCGUGGCACAAAGUAAAGACGCCGAAGCCUUUUUCUCCUGGAGACAAACCUGCAUGUGAAAGGGGAGGCGUCUUGGUCAGCCUUCCUCACACUCAGCCGUUUCGCUCUGUUUUUUAUUCUUUUUUAUUUGGGAAAUUUUCAUUUUGUUUUAUUUGUAAUAUUGUACUAAGCAUUGUAGUUCUACCCCCCCCCAACUGUCUGCCUGCCCGUAACUCGGAGCUGAAUUUAGCUGUAAACAGAACUGUCUUGUCAAAAAUGGUGUUGUAUAUUGAA